UUGCAAUUCGGCAACCAGCGUGCUAUCAUGGUGGACUACCAAGGCCAGAAGCUCGCGGAGCAACUGAUGAACGCAAUCUAUGUCGUCAUCUGCAUCCCAGCAUGGAUCUACGGAUGGACGCAAGACGACUUCACAUACCCCCUCUACGCGUGCGGAGGUGCGUGCGCACUUGCCACCCUCGUCGUCGUGCCCAACUGGCCAUUCUACAACCGCCACCCCGUGCAGUGGCGUUCGAAUUUGAAGAAGUCCAAGGAUGACUAGACACGUAACUUAACGAGACCCAUGACCUCGAUGCCCCAUAUGCUGUUCGUCUAUGCGGCGUCGCGUAGUAAGUGUUCAACGAUGCCUUUAACACAUGAACCGACGACUAGCUAUGUCCUGUC